CCCGGUGGCCCAGUGCAUUGUGGGACAGCGCCAGGCACCAGCCCUGUAUUUGGGAUUGUAAUUCGGAGCUAGCUGAUAGUUGCGUGCCGCCCGCAGGAAGGUAUGGAGGAGAGGGAGACGCCACCGUGCUGAUGUUUCUGUCUGGAAUGACCGCGCGGCUUCUCCGGCUCUAGGUGGUUCAUGCAAACUGCUACGCUGCUGCCUCCUUGCACCCAUCAUGCCUUAUGGAAUAUUCAUCCUCCACCUAUGAUAUUCCAGCAGACGCUGACGUCCUAUCAUGCGACUCCGAAUCUACAAGAGGAAGGUGGUGAUACUGACUCUGGUGGUUGUCAUCUGUGGCCUAGCUUUCUGGAGCAGCGGAAGACAGAAAAAGAAUGACAGUGGCUCGUUCCCUAAGGAAGUGGAGACGGUGAGGAGGAGCAGCAGCAGCGGUGGCAGCAGCAGUAGCAGCAGUAGCAACAACCAUCUCCUGGUGCAAGCCACGCCUGCAGUGAGCCGAGCACCGGUUCUACCUCCAAUUCUUCUGGCUAAUGACACAUACCCCGAAAAAGCAAAGGAUAAAGAGAAGAUACCCAGGCCAGAGGUGGAUAACACCACGUUAGUCUACCGUGGCAUUGUCUUCCAGCUGAACUUUGACCAGACAAUAAGACACGAGGAGAGGUUUAAAAAUGCACGAAAGAAAGAUGAUCUGGUUGUGGUGGUUCAGGUCCAUAACCGGCCGGAAUACCUUAAGAUAUUAGUGGACAGUUUGCGAAAGGCCAGAGGUGUGGAGAGCAUACUGCUGAUAUUCAGCCAUGACUACUGGUCCCCGGACAUAAACAAAGUGGUGGCUUCUGUUGACUUUUGUCAAGUCCUUCAGAUUUUUUUCCCCUUCAGCAUCCAGCUGUAUCCCCAGGAAUUCCCCGGAAAUGACCCCAAGGAUUGCCCUAGAGACAUUCCCAAAAAGGACGCCUUAAAGCUGGGAUGCAUAAAUGCGGAGUACCCCGACUCCUUCGGCCACUACCGUGAGGCAAAGUUCUCCCAGACCAAGCACCACUGGUGGUGGAAGCUCCACUUUGUAUGGGACAGAGUCCGGGCCCUGAAGGACCACAAGGGUCUGGUCCUGCUGAUUGAGGAGGACCACUACUUGUCUCCAGACUUUAUCCAUCUGCUCAAGCUAAUGUCUACCAUUAAACGAGAGCAAUGCACAGACUGUGACAUCCUGUCACUGGGGAGUUACAGCCACAUCGGCUACUCCAGCAAAGCGAACAAGGUGGAGGUCAAAGUCUGGAAGUCCACCGAGCACAACAUGGGGAUGGCUCUAAACAGAGACACCUACCAGAAGCUCCUCCAAUGCACCGACACAUUCUGCACUUACGACGACUACAACUGGGACUGGUCCUUGCAGCACCUGACCGUGGCCUGCUUGCCGUCCUAUUGGAAGGUCAUGGUGUGCGAGGCGCCGCGGGUUUUCCACGCCGGGGACUGCGGCAUGCACCACAAAAAGGCUUCCUGUAUGCCAAUCAGCCAGAAAACCAAGAUAGAAAACGUCCUACAGAGCAGCGGGAACCAGCUGUUCCCAAAGAACCUCCUGAUAGCAAAAAGACUGCCUGCCAACGGGGCCGGAGGCGUGGCCCCACACGUCAAAAACGGGGGCUGGGGCGAUAUCAGGGACCAUGAACUUUGCAAGAGUUAUGUUCGAUUACAGUGACCUUAAUUGCUACUAUUAUUCUAUAUUAUUGUCUCUUUUGCAUCCUCUAUAAAGAAAAAAGCCUUUUAAAAGUAAAUCUUUAUGGACUUCUCUUCAUAUUGCCUGUUUUAUUGGACUGUUCCAAAUAAAGAUGAAUGUUGGAUUUUUGGCUCCUUUACCACAAAUAUAUCUUUACAAUGAACGAUUUAAGUGAUUCCUGGCAACUCUGCAUUGUUUUGUAAGCUGCAAUUAAUAAUAUAUGAAAAAAUA